UCACUCUUAUUCAAACAUUCUUUAUUACUUUCCAUCACCUCUGUCUGUCGGUCACAUUACACGCUCCAAUCUCCAUUUCACACACACACACACACACACUCGUAACAAACCCUAAUUAACUUGCAACAAUGAAGGGGAUGAAGCCAUUGAAGCAGCUCAAGCUCUCUGUUCCUCCUCAAAAAGCCCCAAUCACCAGCUUCCUGACUGCGAGUGGGACGUUUCAUGAUGGCGAUUUGCUUCUUAAUCUGAAAGGAUUGAGACUUGCAUCUGUGGAUAAAGAAAAUAGUCCAGCUGAUGCCAAGAACAUUGAUCUGCAAUUUUCAUUGGAAGAUCUUGAGACCAUCAAAGUCAUUGGAAAAGGAAGUGGAGGUGUUGUUCAACUGGUCAGACAUAAAUGGAUUGGGACAUUGUUUGCUUUGAAGGUAAUCCAGAUGAAUAUACAAGAGGAUAUACGUAAACAAAUCGUGCAAGAACUAAAAAUCAAUCAAGCAUCUCAAUGCCCUCAUGUUGUUGUUUGUUACCAUUCGUUCUACCACAACGGAGCAAUCUCUUUGGUAUUUGAAUACAUGGACCGGGGAUCCUUGGCAGACGUGAUCAGACAACUUAAAACGAUUCUGGAACCGUAUCUUGCAGUUGUCUGCAAACAGGUAUUGCAAGGUCUUGUGUAUUUGCACCAUGAAAGACAUGUAAUUCACAGGGACAUAAAGCCGUCUAAUCUACUUGUAAACCAAAAGGGCGAAAUAAAGAUUACAGAUUUUGGUGUAAGUGCAAUGCUUGCAAGCUCUAUGGGUCAACGGGAUACAUUUGUUGGAACAUAUAAUUAUAUGUCGCCCGAAAGAAUUAGCGGGAAGACUUAUGAUUACAAAAGCGACAUAUGGAGUUUGGGCCUUGUGAUUCUUGAGUGCGCUAUAGGACGGUUUCCGUUCAUACAAUCUGAAGAUCAACAAAAUUGGCCAAGUUUCUAUGAACUCUUGGAUGCAAUUGUCUCAAAGCCACCACCAACCGCACCGCCAGAUCAAUUUUCACCUGAAUUCUGUUCAUUUGUGUCUGCAUGCAUACAAAAAGAUCCUAAAGACAGGUCAUCGGCUCUAGAUCUUUUGAGUCACCCGUUCAUCAAGAAAUUCGAGGACAAAGAUAUUGAUCUUGGAAUUCUAGUAAGUUGCUUGGAACCUCCUAUGAAUUUUUCUAAAUAAAUAUUCUUGUAAUGAGACUCAUUCUGUAAUGCAUCCCUUAUAUAUGUUCUGUAUGUUUUUUUCCAUUUCAUAUCACACUUAUAGUAUUUCACAAAUUUUGCCAAA